AUGGCAGAAAGCGAAGCCUCUCUCAGCGAUCUCUUCAAGCAGGCGAAAAGUGAUCAGAACGACCUUGAUAAUCUCGAUCCACGCUCAGACGAUUUUAAAGCACUUCUAGCAUCCUGUCUAUCCACUCUCCAGCAAUGUUCACAACUCGUGGAUCGACUGGCACUUUUCAGCUCGAAUGAAGACAUUGAUGAUGUUUCCACGUCCGACAUACGAUAUCUAGGGAUCGACUAUCUCCUUGCCGAGCUCACUAUGAGGUCUUAUUCUCCCACAGAUCGCAAGGUCCAGCUCGAUGAAGCCAGUCAGAUGUUCGAAAGGGUUGUCACUCGGUUGGACGAAUAUUCUCUCCUUCGGGCGGCUAGUAAAAAGCUCCUAGAAGCCUACAAGGACGGUCCUCGCACGUUUCGUAUCGUUCCAGAGACAGCAGGUAUGGAGGCUAAGCGCAACACGAAAAUCAGGCGCUUCCAGGAGGAAAAGGAACUCAAGGCACGUUUACAGCUUCUGCGAGAACAAUCUCAGUCCUUGAAUGUUGACGAUGAGGUUUUGCGGAACCUUUAUUUGGCCGAGCUGAAUCUAUACGUGUACCAGGCUUUUCAGGCUCUGGAUAUGAUCAGUCAGGAGCGGCAAAUAUUAGCAUUGGUGCCACAGCAACCUGAUCCCGAUCGUCCAAUGCAUCCAGCCAAUGAUAACAGAGAUCGACGCAACGGCAUGCACAAUGGGCAGCUGUACUCUGACCGUCUUGACUCCCCCGAGCUACUCAAUGCCGCUCGACCUCAUCGAGGGAUUCUGGACGCGUCGGGGCGACCUUUGCAACCAUUUACAAUAACGUCCCAAAGAACAGACUUGCGUAAGGGCGUUUUUAGACCUGGGCACAGUCUGCCGACGAUGAGUAUAGAUGAAUAUCUCGAAGAAGAACGAAAGAGAGGAGGUAUUAUUGAGGGUGGUGGGCCGCAAAGUGAGCAAAGACCUGAAGUGGAUGAGGACAAUGUUGCAGCACAAGAUGCAGCUACCAUGAAGGCAAGAGAAUGGGAUGAGUUCGUUGAAGCAAAUCCUAAGGGAGCAGGAAACACGAUAAACAGAGGAUGA